AAAAACACCAAUGCGAUUCAUAUAGUCUUUGAGUUGAGUUUUAUACACCUCACUUAUACAAAAAUCAAUUCAACGUAGAAUGAAGACCUUUAUCGGAAACAGGAGGUCGGUGCAUUCAAUAGAUGCGUAAUAAGGUUUUACGGUUCAUUUCGUCAAAAGACUGUUACAAGACGUACGGAUCAGCAGAAAUUAUUACACUACCUAAGAGUGAAGCCAGACAGUUGAAGUUUAAAAGGAAUUUAAAUAGAAAUGAUGAGGAGAUUGAUUUUGGCGAUACUUCUCGUCCAAGCUAUCACAGCCGAAUAUGUUUAUGACGAAGAAGUUGUGUCAGACUAUUAUGGAGAAAAUAAUGAAUAUCAUGGCAAUGAAUAUGGAAGUUCUGAUAUUUAUGGCCAAAAUUACAAUGUAGAAAAUAGACAAGGUUCUAAUGAUUUCAACGAACAAACAACAGCAACUUCGGCGAUUGAAUACCAUUACAACGAAAACAAAACCAUCAACAAAGUACAUCAACAUCAUGAUGCAUUGAUUGCUCUUUAUGGUUCUGAGGAAUCUGUAUUUUCGUUUGUUUAUCGCAAUCUUCGUAAUCCCGAUUACUUGAAAUUGUACAAGGUCAAACUAAACAUCAAAGAAACUUUGAAUGACCCUUCAAAAUCGUCAGAACUCAGUUCAACGCAGGUUGAGGAACUUGAGCAGGUGAUAGAUAUUCUUAACCAACGAAUGUCAGAACUUGAGAGUGUCGUUCCACAAUCAUGGCUUACAAAAACAAUGGCAGAAGAAGGGGAUCGGCUGAAUGCAGUUUUGUCUUCCAAGCAAGUUUACCGGGAUUUGAAUGAAAUAUUGUCCAAAGUAAUUGAUGGAGAAUGGAGGUGUAACAUUGGAUAUCUAGUGCGAUUAUGGAAAGACGUUGUGGACACACACAGAAGUGAUUGCGAUUUACAAAAUCAAUGCAAUGAUGACGACCUUCAUACCGCAAUUGAAGGAGUUGUCAACAUUGUGAUGGCUCUUGAAAAUGUUACGAUCCAUCGCGGAUUUUUUGUUGAUCCUGAGAAGGUAUUUGCAAGAAAUAAAUUCCGCCUUAUAUACAUGCUGUCGCAAAAUAAAAACAGACAAUACGCUACAAAAAUAAUUGGAAGCGUUCAAGAAUUAGAAGAUUUGAUCGAAGAUAUUAUGUGCAAAGAACUAACGUGA